AUGGCUUCAACACGAUUGGCCAAGCCCUCGGGUGAGGCUACUCAAUCUUCAUGCCUCAACCACUCUGCAGCAGAACUCAUAUAUCCUGGAACCCCCUCUCACUCUCUCGAUAUGACCUCGCUUUACGGAGUCGUUCAGCAGGGGAACAAGAUCGAUGCCGUGGACUUGGAGAAAGUCUGGGCGUUCUACAUUCAGGGCAUCGAUGAAGUUGUGGGCUAUAUGAGGGACGACGUUCAACGAGACAUGAUAUGGGAUGAGAACUUUACCAUGAACCAAGACACACGGACUAUCCUUCUCAACCCCAAGAUUCAAUCAGGAGAGAACAUUGCAACGGCAUGUUGCAGAGUCUUUUCGAACCUAUGUCUCCUGAACCGCGGGCGGUUCAACAACUGCAUUGACGGUUGGCUCGCUAAGGAUGUGCCACGGCGAGAAUUUCAACCUCUGCAUGUUGCUGAUAGCACACGGCAAGAUCUCACCAUUCCCCUACCUAUCCGAGGGCUGUUCGGGGUUGUCACGGUGGGAGUCCACCUCAACGUCUACACCGUCAAGCAGGUGGACGGCAGGGAGAGCGUCGACCGCAUCUGGGUCUCGCAUCGGGCCAAGGGUGUUAAUGUUAGUUACUCGGGUAUGCUGGAUCAGGUUGUCGCAGGCGGCAUGGAUCCAACUGAUCGAGUAUCGGGAGUCUUGUCCCCGUGCGUCACCCUGAAACGAGAGGCACGGGAAGAGGCGGGCUUACAUAUCGACCUCAACACCAGAGAGGUCUUGAUGGGCCAAGAGGAUAGCACUAGAAGACUGGUUGGCUCAGUCGAACAGGCUCCUGCCAUCACCUUCUAUGACUGCAAGGACCGCAACGCAGGUCUCAUGAACGAGGGUCAUCUGGAGCCUGGAGUCCGCUUCGUGUAUGAUCUCAGGGUCGACACAACCUUUCAGCCGCAUGCCGAGGAGCGUGGUAUCGAAAGGUUUGAGGCUCUUUCGGUGGACGAGGUCAAGAAGAGCCUCCAUUCUCUAGAAUGGAAACCUAACUGUGGGCUUGUCAUGGUUGACUUUAUGGUCCGCAAGGGGCUUGUCUCAGAGGCAGACGACACCAGGCUGGGAGAUAUCAUGACAGGACUACAACGACCACUCCCAUUCAAGUUUGCGCAAGAUAAAUUUCGGGUUUUAGACGGUUGGUAG